AUUUUUUAUUAUAACUUAAUCUUUGUAUGAAGUAAAAAAAAUCAUGACUGAAAAAAAAAGAGUACUUAUAAUUUGUUUAGGAAAUAUUUGUCGUUCUCCUAUAGCAGAAGCAGUUUUUAAUGAUCAAAUAAAUAAAUUAGGCUUAAGUGAUUCAUGGGAAGUAGAAAGUGCAGGUAUUAUAGGAUAUCAUAUAGGUAAAAACCCAGAUCAUAGAUCUAUGUCUAUAAUAAGAGAGAAAGGUAUCACCAAUUAUUCUCACAAAGCACGACAAAUCACAAGAGAUGAUUUUAUUAAAUUUGAUUGGAUACUUGCAAUGGACAAGAGUAAUAUUCAAUAUUUAAAUCAAAUGAAACCUCCUAAUUCUACUGCUAAAAUUGAACUUUUAGGAAAAUAUGAUCCUCGAGGAGAACUUAUAAUUCGAGAUCCAUUUUAUGAUGUAGACAUUGCUGGAUUUUAUAAGGUAUAUGAACAAAGUUUGCGAAGUUCAAAAGCAUUUUUAGAAAAACAUAAAGAUAAAUAAUCAGAUUGAAGCUUUAAAGUAAUUUAAAUAAUAAAUAUUAUUGAAAUAUUAUAUAUACAUAUAUUUAAAGAUUCUUAAAAAUAAUAAAUAUUCAUUACAAAAUUAAAAUAUUAAUUUGUUAUUAUUUAUCAUUUUCUAAAACAAUUUUUUUUAUUUUUUAUAUCUAAAUCAAUUUUUUUUAAUAUUAUGUUAAUUUUGUGCAUAUAUUUAUGUAACUAUUUAUACCCAAAAGUUAUUUAUAAUCAAAUAUAUAAGUUUUGUUUCAUCUUAUUAAAAUCUCUUACAUAACCUUAAAUAUUUUUCCAAGUUAAGAAUGACAGCCUCCAAAAAGAAAGUAUUAAUGGAAAUAGUUGUCGUUCUCCUAUAGCAGAAGCAAUAUUUUAUGAUGAAAUAAAAAAAUUAAAUCUUCUUAAUUCUUGGGAAGUAGAUAGUGCUGCACUUUUGAAAUAUCAUGUAGGUAACAAUCCAGAACCCAGAGCUAUGUCUACACUCAAAAAAAGAGGCAUUAUAUAUUAUACUCACACAGCAAGACAGAUAACAAAGGAAGAUUUCUACAAAUUUAACUGGAUAUUUGGAAUGGAUAAUGGAAUAGUUUAUAAUCUAUUUCAAAUUCAACCAGAAGAUAGUCAAGCCAAAAUUGAGCUCCUUGGAAAGUAUGAUCCAAAUGGAGAGCAAAA